CCAAACAACAUACCGGCAAAUCUGGCUGUUACAAGCAAUGAUCUUAAAUUUAUUAAAAACUGUGUACCUAAAUGAUGCUACAUACAAUUAAAUUUGCAAAAUUUCUUUUCACCAAAACCCCAUGUGGUUUAUAAAUUAUUUUGGUUUCCAUCUUAAUAAAGGAGCGUUUCAUUAAAUCAAGAACCACUCCACGAAUACGAUGUGCAGAUUUGAUUUGUUUAAGUUGAUCAAGUCAUACGCAGCUGAUCAAGACUCUUCUGCUGCUGUCGUUUGAAAUGGAUUUACAGCUUUGAAGAAGUUUAUUGGAUACCCUUUUGAUGAUGAUGUUCAUGGAUGUGCUAAAAAUCUGAUCUUUUUUUAUCCUUUUUUUGUUCUUCUAUGAAAACCCUUGAGAAUUUGAAUUUGUUAUAUUUCUUUUGGGUGUUUUUUCUCACUGGUGUUCUGUUUUUGUUAUGUGACUGGAAUUUUAUAAUUUGUAAAUGAAUGAGUAGCUGGAGUUAUACGAGAUGAUAUUUAGGGCCUAGGAGAAAAAAGGGUAGUUAUAUUGAAACAUGAAUUGAAGUGAAAUUGCGAAGCAUGAAGAUGAGGGCAGUCUUUUGUGAAGUCUGCAUUAAGAAGGCCGUGCAGCGAAAAACGGCCUUCUCUGGUCUUUCUUGUAUGCAAUCUUUAUUCUAUGAAAUGCUGGGAUGUGUGUGAUUAGCUGGAUUUCAAGGCUGUUAUCAAAGAAACGAAUUGUGAACCUUAGUGUUUUGAUAUAUUAUUCUAAUAUUGGUUAUUUUGAAUUGUUAUCAAGAAACAGUGCAGGCGAAUUUGGGGCUUUUCUUCCCAACCAAAGGCCUAAAUAUGUAUUGCCUGACAUGCAACAUACUUGCAUAAUCAUCUAAUGGUGAUGAAUUUGCUGUUACAUCUUGCUGCAGUAACCGGAGUACAUUUUCUGCAAGAUGUUCCCGUCUUCUUUUCCUAACGAAAGGCCAAAGGAUGGUUCAAAAAACUGAUCUGGUUAUAAUUGGAAUCUCUGUUGGCUUGGCAGCAGGCUUAAUCAUAGCUUCUCUAGUAUUUUUUGCCAUUCGCUGGUACAAGAGACGUGCUCAUCUUCAGCAAUGUGCAAAUGAGCGUUCUUCCUCUACUCUUCCAAUACGUAGAAAUGGCUUAAAUACAAGCAUUGAUUUUAGUGCAUCUCUUACAAAUUCUGUGACCAAGGGUUCUGACGAGCCUGUCCAGAAACCCCAACAUUCUUGGUGGAAUAACCAGAACAAAGACCGUUUCGCUUCUGUAUCUGGCAUUCUAAGAUACUCGUACAAAGACAUUCAGAAAGGGACACAGAACUUCACUACUAUUCUGGGACAGGGUUCUUUUGGCCCUGUGUAUAAAGCUACAAUGCCUGCUGGUGAAGUGGUUGCUGUGAAAGUUCUCGCUUCGGAUUCAAAACAAGGGGAAAAAGAGUUUCAAACAGAGGUUUCUUUGCUGGCUAGGUUGCAUCAUAGAAAUUUAGUGAAUUUAGUUGGAUAUUGUGUUGAUAAAGGGCAACACAUGUUAGUAUACGAGUACAUGAGCAAUGGAAGCUUGGAGAACCUUAUAUAUAAUGACGUGGAACAAGUAUUGAGUUGGGAAGAUCGGGUUCAAAUAGCUCUAGAUAUUUCACAUGGCAUUGACUAUCUUCAUGAUGGGGCAGUGCCUCCUGUCAUACAUCGAGAUCUGAAGUCAGCUAACAUAUUGUUGGAUCGUUACAUGAGAGCCAAGGUUGCCGAUUUUGGGCUGUCGAAGGAAGAGGUAUUUGAUGGCCACAACUCGGGCCUUAAAGGUACAUACGGGUACAUAGAUCCCAUGUAUAUAUCCACAAACAAUUUCACAACAAAAAGCGACGUGUACAGCUUUGGUAUUAUACUGUUUGAGCUCAUCACAGCAAUCCACCCACACCAGAACUUAAUGGAGUAUGUCAACCUUGCCUCUAUGAGCCCGGAUGGCGUGGACGAGAUAAUUGACACAAAGAUGGCAGAGACAUGCAACGUUGAAGAAGUGAGGAGUUUAGCCAAGAUUGCUCACAGGUGCCUGCACAAAAUACCCAGAAAGCGACCUUCGAUGGGAGAGGUUUCCCAGGCCAUUGUGAAGAUAAAGCAGCAGAGGAGGCGCCUCGUUAAAGAGGACACCAUGUCGUUUGCAGGUGAAGAUUUAUCGAGGGCCGUGAGUCGAAUAGAAUGCCAACAGCUGGAGUUGAGAAGAAUGGCCAGCAUUGAGGAGAGGCCAAGUGAAUGAUUUUUGAGCUAUUAAUCUUCAGCUGCUGCUUUGCAAUUUCUUGUUUGGAGAAAACGAGUUAUAAUUUGUAGUCACCAUAUAGUUUUAGGUCUGCUAACUGUAAUGUGAGUGAGGAAUUAUACUUCUUUUUCACUAAAUUAUGAGUCUCCAUUUUUCUUAGAAUCUUGAAUGAUUAUAUAUAUACUUCUUUUUCACUAAA